AUGAAGAGUGUUGAAUAUUACAAUGAUUCAACCGCGAAAGGAAGUGAGACAAAAGAAGAUGAUGUAAAUAAAUAUAUUCUGAAUAAAUUACGUUUAAUUUUUAAUAAUGAUAUCAAAUCCUUAUCUCAAGAUGAGGAUAAUGAAUUAAAUAAGAACGAAAAUGAAAAAGAAAAUUAUGAAAGAGGGCAUAAUGAAAAUGCUAAUGACAUUAGCAGAAUUGUAGUUAUGAAUACAAUUAAUAAUACUGCUAAAAAAAGCAGCAUAAGUGUUAUAAAAAGAAAUAAUGCAAAUGUAGAAGAUAUAAAUAGUGCGAACACAGUCGAUUUAAGUAAUGCAAAUACGACAGAAAAGAAUAGUUUAAAUAUUGUUAUUGGAAAUAAUAAAACAACGAUUGCUGAACAGAAUAAUCUUAACGUUUCCGAUAAAAAUUGUACAAAUGUUGCUGAUAAGAGCAGUACAAAUGCUGAGGAUAAUAAAUACAAGAAUGAUGCUGAUAGAAAAUGCUCGAAUGAAGCUGAUAGAAAAUGCUCGAAUGAUGCUGAUAGAAAAUGCUCAAAUGAUGCCGAUAAAAAAUGUACUAAUGAUACAGUUAAAAGUAUGCCAAAUACCCCUGAUAGAAGUUACCCUGAUAUUAGCGAUAAAAACCAUCUUAACAUUGUAGACAUAAACGACACAAGUGUUGCCGAGAAUAAUGAUUUAACAAGUUCCAUAGAAAAAGAUGGCAACAACAGUUUAGCUCAAUUAAAAAGGGAAAGUGCUAUAGAAAAAACGAAUAGUAUAAGUAUUAACGAUUUAUUUAAAUUAAAUUCGGAUGCAUAUCUAAAUAUUGAUGGUACACUAAAGAAAGGGAAUUUAUCUGAAAUAUUUAUGAAUGAAAAUAAUUUAAAUAUAAUUAUUAAUAAAAAAAACGAAAAAUGGAAAAGAUAUAUAAAAUGCAUUGAACCCUUUUUAGAUGUACAUACAAUUAUUAACCUAAGUCAAACAUGUAAAUAUUUCUACAAAAGGAAAUAUAGAGUAUGGAAUAAUAGAUUAAUAUUUAAUAGUUAUUUAGGGUAUAACCCUAAGAUUAUAUAUGAAUAUGUAUUCCCUAGAAUUUAUAAGCAUAUUCAUAGAUCUGUUAGAAGAAGACUUUGCCUAGAUUUUACUUUGUGUACAUUGAUAAAAGAUAUUACUGUGGCAAAUGUAUUAAACCAGAUAUACAAUUUUGAUUCGUUAAAUACAAAACAUUUAUUUAUAUAUAAUUUACAAGAAAUUUAUUUUGAUUAUUGUCAUCAUUUAACAGAUAAAACGUUAGAAGUGUUAGCACAAACGAGGUUACCAUCGUUAAAGACGUUAAGUAUAAAAUGUGUUAGGAACAAAUAUUUAACUUGUGCUCCUUUAACAGUAAUGCUAAAAAAGAGUAACUGGCCUGUCUUUACAAAUUUUAUUUGUUCCUUCUCGAAUGCUUGGCUAGAACCCAUAUUUAUAGUUUCUAAUUUUAUUAUUAAUAGAGCGAAUAAUCAGAAUCAUUUAAUUUAUCACAAACUAAAAAAUUUGCGUAAGACUCUUGAAAACAUGAAAACUUUUGAUAACUCAGUAAUUUCAUCAUCUGCGAACGAUGAAAGUAAUAGGAAAGUAAUUAACGAAAAUAAUAAAUAUAAUAUGAUGAGUUUACAAAGUUGCAUAGACGGAACACAUAUAGAUAGAACCAACCUAAUAGAUUAUACUGCAGUCCUGAACAAUAAAAAUAAUAAUGGUAGCGGUAGCAAUAAUAAUAUCAGUGGUAUGAAUAAUAAUGUUGAUGGUAGCAAUAUUAAUGUUGGUGGUAGCAAUAUUAACAUUGGCGGUAGCAAUAAUAAUAGUAAUAGGAAAAAGUUGAAAUCAGUCCUAAAUAGUGAAACAGAGUGUAGUAUUAGUCAGUCAGAAACGAACAAUAAUUUUAGUUUAUUUAAUAACUUCUUUUAUAACACUAUGAAACAUUUUGGUUAUUCUACAAAGGUACAAAAUAAUUUUAAUCAAAAAGAUUAUAAUAAUUUUUCGAAAAAUGCUUUUCAGAAUAAAAAAUCUGACACACAUAUAGCCGCAUUAAGUUCAAGUACACCAAAUAAUACGAAUACAAAAAAUGAUCAUGAGAAAUGCUUGAACAAGUCAGCACAUUUGGAAGCAGAAUAUAAUUUGUUACAUGUACACGACAAUAUGCAUGAGAAGAAGGAUAUAUUUGAUGAAUUUUUAUUGGGGGAAUACGCAUCAACAUAUAAUAAUAGUAAUAAUAAUAGUAAUAGUAAAGAAAGGAACAAUAAUUUUUUAAAUAAUUUUGAGAAUAAUUAUUUUACUACCAAGUGCGAUCAAAAUGGGGUAAAUGGUAAGUACGAAAAAAGGGAAAAGGAGGACUCUAAUGAGGAAAAGAAGGAAAUUGUUUACAAGGUUAGUAUCAGAAGUAAUAGCACUGAUAACAUGAACAGCAGUGCAAGCUUUGGUCGACGUCAGAUAAAUGAACACAGUAAGAGAAAAAGUGAGGAUAAAGGAUUCCAUGAAUAUUUUGAUGAAGAAAAGAAAAUUCGUAAAAUUAGGAAAAAUGAAGAAAAAACAAAUGACAAGAGGAAUGAUGAAGACAGUUUUCAUGUAGAAAGAAGUAAUGAUAACAACACAGCAAACAAGUUAAAGGAAAAUAAUUUACUACCGAACCAUGAGGUGGAGGAAAAAAGUAAGAGAAAAAAAAAAUUAGAAAAGCAAAAUAUUGAUGAUAACGGUAAUGAUAACAGUAAUGAAAACAGUAAUGAUUAUAAUAAUAAUUACAAUAAUCAUAAUAAUAAUAAUAAUAAUCAUAAUAAUAAUAAUCAUAAUAAUAAUCAUAAUCAUAAUAGUAUUAGUAGUAAUAAUAAUAAUCAUAAUCAUAAUAACAAUAAUAACAGUAUUAGUAGCAAUAAUAAUAAAAAGAGUACUCGAGUGAAUAAUAAAAAAACGAAAUUAUUAACGGCAGAAAAUAUUUUCUGUAUGAAUAUUUUACACAAUAAUAUGAACACAUUCGAUGAAGAAGAAGAGGACGAAGACGAAGAAGAUGAAGAGAAAAAUUUGAAUAAGUGUAGAUGUAAUGGGAAAAAUUGUAUAUACUUAACGGAUGAAAUAAAUUUUAAAUGUAAUUGUGAAGACUGUCCAUUUGCAAAUGGUUAUAAAAAUUUAAUUACUGUAGAUGAUCCGUACAUACAGUCCCAUUUUGUACAACCUAAUUUAGAUAUUUUAGGUUCUUGGGGAAGCAAGUGUUUUUUAGAAAGUAUAGGAUUAGAUAUAUAUGUAAAAGGAUAUAGUGUUGCACUAAAAAAUGAGAACAUAAAAAUAUGUGUCAAGUUGAGUAAAAAGAUACAAGAAGAAUUAUAUGAUUUGAGUAAAAGUGAAAAAUACAAAAAUAAUAAUUUAGUUUAUUUACUAAGAAAUAAGGGAAGUGAGUUAUUAUCAAAUACCCCCUUAACUAUUGAAACGGAUGAAAUAGGAGGUAUAGAUGUAUGGACAUUACCAAUAUCUUUAGCAAUUAGCAAAAAAAAUAGAUAUCUCUUUUAUUUAGUUUUAAAAGGAGGGGCAAAAGUUGAUAUAUGGGAUUAUUUAGGUAAGUCCCCUCUAUAUAUUGCAUGCGAAAAUGAGUGUAAAGAGUUUGUUGAAGUACUGCUAGAAGAAAGAAGAAAAAGGAAAAAGAAAAACAACAUCAUACAGUAUUGCUAUAAGAGCCCCGCUACUACAGAUAAAGAUUCGACCCAUGGUGAUAAUGCAAACAAGGACUCAAACAGGGAUACAAAUAAGGACCCAAACAAGGAUACAAAUAAGGACCCAAACAGGGAUACAAAUAAGGACUCAAACAGGGAGGAAAACGAGGAAAUUAACAAGAACGAAGGAUCUAAUAAUGUUACAUUAUCAAGUAGUACAGAACGGUAUGAGUAUAAUGAUCGUAAUAGUAAUGCAGAACGAAAUAGUAGCAAAUGCAUAAAUGAGGAUCAUAAUGGUAACCCAGAAGAAAGGAAGAAGGAUAGAACACAUGAGAAGGGAACCAUGAGUAAAGAAUGUGUACAAGAAACUUUCAACGAGAAAAGGAACUCGCAUGAAAUGAAUAGUGUUGUAAACGAAAGGGAGAGCACUACUUACGAGUUCGAUGCAUCAAAGUUGGAUGCAAUAAAAAAAAAUGAUAAUUGUAACACAAUAUGUGUAUGCCCAUAUGGAAACAUGUGUGAUAGUUAUUAUGUUACUUAUCCAAUUGAUAUAGAGAAUGGUUAUAUACCCUUAAACAUAGCAAUAAAAAAAAAGAAUUUUUCGAUUGUUAGUUCAUUAGUAAAAAGUGGUGAAAAUUUAAAUAUUAUAUGCCCAUAUGUUAGAGAUUAUAAAUCUCCUUUGUAUUUAGCUUGUGAAAAUAAUAUAAGUGAAAUUAUACAAUUAUUAUUAGAAAAUAAAGCAGAUCCAAACUGGUGUUAUCAUAAUAAAUUUACUCCUAUAUUAUUAGCAUAUAAUUUAAAUAAAGCAUGGGUUAAUCAUUUUAUUGAUGCAGGAGCAGGAGAAAAAGUAUGUAAUAGACACAUAUUAACUGAAGUUUUAUCAUGUGCAAUAUUUAAGAAUGAUUUAUCAACAGUACAAUUAUUAUUAAAAAAAUACCCGCAAUUAUUACAAAAAGGACAUAAUUUAUGGUCUCUACCAUUUAUACAAGCAGCUAAAUUAGAAAGAUUAAACAUACUAAAAUAUUUAUAUUCUUUAAAAAAAGAUAUUAUAAACCAGUUCGAUUCUAAUAUUGUGUUAUCACCAAUACAUGCUGCAGCGGAAGAAGGAAAUAUAGAUAUUUUAAAAUUUCUACUUGAAAAUGAUGUUAAUAUAAACUUAACAAAUAAAUUUCAUCAAAAUGCAUUACAUAUUGCAUGUUUGGAAAAUCAAGAAAAAGUAGUACAACUUUUAUUAUGUCAUAAUAUAGACGUGAACUGUAAAGAUAAUAUAAAUGGAGAGUGCCCAUUAAUGAUAUGUAUUAGAACAAGAAAUGAAAAAUUAGCCCAGCUGAUAUUAAACGAAAGUAAAAAUAUUAAUUAUAACCUUACAAAUAUACACGGAGAAACUUCACUCAUUUAUUCUAUAUUCUAUGGAUUAUAUGAUAUAGCUGAUAUAUUAAUGACAAGAGGAGCAGAUGUAUCUGUUCGAGAUAUCAAUGGUGAUAAGUCAUACAACGUUGCAUGUGAAAGGGUCUUAUCGCACAGAACUUGUAAGAGGGUUUUAAAAAAGUUCCUUAAAUUGUAUAGGUCACAAAAUAAAAACUUUUUACCAAAAAAAAAUAAAAUUAACAAAAAAAAUAAAUUUUACCAGUCCUACCAAAGCAUAAACCAGAGUUUCUUAAGUAUAUUUCGCAUAAAAAAGGAAAAACAAAAAAAAAAGGCAAUAUCUUAUUCCAUAGACGAUGCAAGGGUUCACUGA